AUGCUGUUUCAUGUAGAUGUCAAAUGGCUUUCACGGGCCGCGCAGAUAUACGGUAACGGUGGUCCCUCUCGUGGUAAUGCCUUGACUCCUCAGGCGGCACGCUUCGCAGCAAGCAACUCUCGUACAGGACACGCUUCUCGUGACCCCGUGACCGACAGGGCGCUUGACGCCCUCAACGAGCAAUAUUUACGUCGUAGGCUUCGUUCCCUGGGUGUAGACGGGCCCAUUAGCCUCUGGAGUCUCCCCGACUAUCCCCCAGAUGUCAAGCCUUCCAUUGAACAUUCGGUUCUUGUUAUGGUUGCGCUUUACGCGGCGCCCACCAAGAAGCUGUGCUUGCAGGACAUUUUGGACGCUAUUAUGGAGCGUUAUCCAUACUUCCGGACGGUCAAACCGUCGUGGCAGAAUUCUAUACGUCACUCACUGUCCCUCAAGAUACAAUUUCACCACCUCGAUCGUCCUGUUAGCGAUCCAGGCCGGGGUGGGUACUGGUAUCUGGACCUUACACAUGGUGAAGGGGACUGCCUCGAGCGAAAGCGGAAGCCAGCGAAGGCGUCGUCUUUCGAUUCCGUAUGCGAUGAUGCAUGCAGCGAGCAUGCGUGGGUCUGA